UCACAAACGUAAACAAUGUAAACAUUCCACUUCGUUCAUUACCUAUUGUACACAGUAGUCGAAGAUAACACGGCAGUUCCGGGUUGGAAACGGUCAAAUUGUCAUUACGACUGAGCAGAGGUAUGGGGUCCAAUACGGGAAACCAAGUGGAAAAUUACAAAAUCCUUUUCCACGGAAGCGAUAUAAACCAAACCUGUUCGAGAGCAUCUUUGAGCAGAGAAGAUCAAUUUUCAGAGGGACAUAAUAGGGGAAAUUGUGGAACACAAAAGGAAGAAUAAAGUUGUAUUGAUUGCUGCUGUGUAGUGUAUUGUCUGGUAUGACAUCAAAGGGAAUCAUGAUUGUCACGUUAUUACUGGCGUUAAUGAUAAGUGCCACUACCUCAUCACCAACAUCACAAGACGUGAAAGAUGUCUACAGUCAUAUAUUCAAUGGCUACGACAAACGGGUUCGACCUGUUUGGAAUCAGAGUGACGUCGUAUCUGUGACGCUGAGUUUCAAAUUAAAUUCGAUUAACGAAUUUGAUGAAAAGUCGCAGAAACUUGUAUUAUCAGGUUGGUUCGAUGCAAGUUGGUCGGACGAAUCGCAGACUUGGAACAUGUCGGAUUUUGGUGAUGUGCCACAUGUAUAUGUAGACGGAAAUUCGAUAUGGCUACCACAAAUUGCCCUUGCAAACACAUUUGGGCGAGUAAACAUUCUUUCACAGUUGGCUUCAAGCGCUGCGAUUAGCGCCAAUGGUGAAGUUGAAUGGUUUCCAGGGGAUAGUUUUGUCGUGACUUGUGAAGUUGAUAUCACGUAUUACCCCUUUGACACACAACACUGUUCAUUGGUUUUCGAAAUUUGGGAUGCCCCUACGUCCGAAGUGAUAUUACAGACAUCAUCAGAACCAGUUGACGUCAAUUUUUUCGAAGAAAAUGGAGAAUGGACAUUGACAAAAGUUGAGGUUGGUAUUCCGAAAAUCGACGAUGAGGUUUCAUCCAUAACUUAUCUCCUCCAUCUACAGCGGAGGCCUAAAUUCGUCGUGUUGACAACAAUUGCCCCAGUACUCCUGCUGGCGUUUUUGAACGUCUGCGUGUUUCUUAUCCCUUUGUCUUCGGGAGAAAAGAAUUCGUUCUGUGUGACCGUGUACCUAUCGUACGCUGUGUUUCUGGGAACAAUCAGCUCUGAACUGCCGCACAAUUCCAAAAACGCGUCGUACUUGACCAUAUAUUUACUCACACUGCUUGUCUUCAGUGUAACCAUCUUCCUGGUAACUGUCAUACAAGUGCGACUUUUUAUUGAAUAUGGCGACACCCCGGUACCGGCAUCGGUUGCCAAAAUGUUUGGUUACUGUACACUUGGAAACCGUUCUAAAGUUAAGUAUUCUGACAAAAAAGAUCCGGAUGAUGUGAAAGACAACAGAGUGCAAGCAUUGAUAGAAGACCCCGAAUUAAAACAAACAAACGAGAAUCGUUUUUGUGUAAAAGACCUACUGCCGAGACUUGAUGUUCCUCUGUUUUGUUUGUUCCUGGCCAUAUUGUGUGUGAUAACGUUUGUUAUGGGUGACCUGGCCUUUUCGCGAUCUUUAUGAAAGAUUAAAGCUAUUGCAGCAGUGUCCAACCCUUUCCCCCGGUAUGAUACUAUGGUAUGGUUUUACAGCUAUAUGACUUUUGUUAAGACACCAAACCCCCUGCAAACAAACAACGUUAAUAGCAUGUCUCCAUUGGCACACGUCUCAUUAUGACAAUAGCAGUUGUGAGGUCGUUAAAUUAUAAAUAAGACACAAAAAAAAGUUAGUGAUAACUUGAUUAUGACAUGUUGAAUGAUGUUGAGCAAUAUGUUUUGUAUUGGAUAUGUAGGUAAACACCGAUUACAUCAGAAGACCAUUAUGUAAAACUAGGGUCAUCCGUUUUAAAGAAAUCGUCUAAAAAAUGAUUAAAUCAAGUAGAUUUAAAGGGAAUCCAUCUACAGGAAAAGCCGAUACAAGCCCUCUGAUCAGAAGUACUUAAAGUUCCAACAAUUACAGAUAAUAAACUAUGGUUUGGAAUAAUGUAUAAAAUUGAAGGUAAGUUACAUGUAAUAUUUUUUCAGUAUGUAACCAAUUCUGAAAUAUUCUGACAAAAUUCAACUAUGUUUGUUUUGUAUACUUAUAAAUGGUUUAUUAAUAUAAGCAUGGUAUUAUUACAAUUUUUUUUAAAAUUUAAAUUAGUGCUUACCACAUUUGCUUUUUACUAUAGGCAUAUAUGAAGAAUAAAAAUAAACAAUGUGUACAUUUUACUGGUUAAUAGUUACUAGUAUUUCGAGAUCACUCUCCUCCCCUGCUGGUUCGGGUAAAGAAUUGGCCACUACAUAUCGUAAUAGGUGACUAAUGUAGGGCCCCCUGGAAAAUCCGGGGCUUUCCCUGUCUCCUCCACUAAGGGGACAUUGAAGAAACCCCAAUUGAUCUGCCCCCUCGUAACAUUUGGGAUUUUUAUGUGUUCUUUACUUCCUGAAAAUCUUUUUGUUUUCUAGCUUGACAAUACUUGUAUUCCCUGCUUUAUAUUCAACAUUUAGCUCCAUUGCAACAACUGCAACAAACCGUUGUCAGUAUAAUGUGACCGUGUGGAUUACUGCUGUGCUGUGUGCAUUCGACAUGGUAUUUUAGUGAAGUAGCAUUCUUAAGUCGUUCAUCAGAUCCGCGCUAUCGUAAGGAGGCAAAUACACCAACAUACCCUGCUUCCAGUACACAUACACACAUGCAAUCAUACAUGACACACAUGGAUGCAUGUCAGUAAAUGACCUUAGCUGUUAAUCGGACGUUAAACCAAUUAAAACCAAACCAGUCAUUACUCCCUCUCCUGAUUUCUCCAGUUUGACAGCUGGUAGCACUAACAGUCCAUAUACACCAGCACUAUGUGUAUACCAGUCAACACAUAUCCAGAAUAAGAGGCAUGUCGCGGGAUUGUACAUGCCAGAAAGCUUACCCAAUACAUACAUGCAUCCAAACAUAUGGUUGUAUCUAUAUAUCUCAGAACACAGACAGAGUUAAGAUCCUGACUGUGGUGAUUAUAUUACAUAUCAUAUUUUGAUACAAGUUUGAAUCCAAAUUUAGAUGUAGAUUUAAUUGGAUGUUAUAAGCUGUAUAUGAGUCAUAAUAGAUGUUUUAAUGGCGAGCACUUCAUUGAAGAUCAGUAUCUAUUCUCGCAGCAUCUAGCUGGAUAUUUUCAGAGAUUUGAUUCAUUCUGAUUAAAAUAUUCAACACAACACUAGCAUACUCGAGAGUCGAACACAGAUAUGAUUUGUGUUUUAUUUCUAGAUCUUUUCUAUCAAGUUUGUAUUUAAUAAUUGUUUUUAAAUAUAUAGAGCAAUAAAGGCAACGUCGGUGAAGUGAACCAACUGCGGCCUCGUUUUAGUUAAAUAUAUGUAAUUUCAAACAAUAAAACUAUGUCGGCUGAAUACUAAAUAGCCUAUGAAGAACAUUCGAAAGCACCCCAGUAAUUCACCCAUCGCCAACCUUUUUAACUAUAUUCAAAAACAAAACACACUACAGUAAAAUAUUCAAUUGAAUCAUUUUUAAGGGUUAUAGCAAGGCCGUCUCAUUUCGAUGCAGAAUUUAAAAUACAUGAAUUUACGAAAUGCAUAAAAUACAUGUAUGAGGAGUCUUUAUUGCAUUUGAUUUUCUAUUUAACUGAUUUUAAAGGCCGGGAUUCGUUAUCCAGGCAAACCACUGGCUACCUAAUUUCUACACAAAAUUUAUGUGACAGGUCAGCAGACAAACUCAGUUUGUUUGAGAAGAGGUCCUGCUCUGUACAGUUAUGUGCAACAUGAUAUGUCUCAUGAUAAAUGUGAAUUGACUGUGUGUGUUUACAUUUACAAGCUGUGGAAAACAAAAACAAUUAACAAUCACUAUCGUUCAGAAUUAUAAUUUUGGUUUUAAUAAGGUAAACAUUGUUUUUUAUUGAAUGAUACUAUUCCACAAACUCCAUUCUAUUCUAUGAUUUGUAUUUCGAGUUUGGAGUUUAUAUAUCAUUCAUUGUUUCUGGUAGUGGAUUUAUUUGUUUUUUGUUUCAACAGCAAUAUUAUAUGCUAUUAGAUAAAAAUGAUAUAAAUACCUGAUAUUAUUUCACUAAAAGUUUAAUAUGAAUAUUGUAUAGAAAUAAAAUAAGACAUUAUUAUAAUAUUCAUAUCAUGCUGCAUGAAAACUUUGUAUGUAAGCUUUGU